AUGAAUCGCUUUCCCUAUAUAGCUAUAUUUGUAUUAUUUAUAUCCAGUAUUGGUCUCGUGCCCAGAUUUCAAUUCAAAACAUAUUUUUAUCCAUUUAAAACAAAUAUAAAUAUUGUUCAAAUACAAAAGAAAGAAACAUUUGGUCAAGUAGAGAUCAAAGGCAUCAAAGAAGGAUUGUGCAAUGAAUAUAUUGAUCAGUUACUCAAAUUUAACUUAACAUAUAAAAAAUAUCGCGAUAAAUUACUUUACGGAUUCUGGAAUAACACCGAAGACUUUGACUAUGCAAAGUUCUUUACUCGUGCAGACUUAGUUCCCAAAUUUGGUAAAAAAGAAUUUAUUGAUAAAAUAAAUCGCUUCGAAGGCAAGAUUGCAAUAUACAAAAAUGCUUACGGCACAUACUCUGGCGAAUUUGCAGUUGAUGGCUACAUUAUUCGUCCACCUUUCGCCUCUGGCCCCGCUUGGAUCAGAGUUUACACAAAUGGUCCAGUUGUUUAUCAAUGUGAAAAUGCUUGUUUAUUCGGGCAUAAAGCACUUAAUAACAUUGGCCAUUUUAUGAACGAUUAUUUACAGCCUCUCAUCUUAUUACCAAAAGAAUUUCGCGAAAACUGUGUUUGCAUCAUCAAUUCCUUAUCAAUGCUUAACGGUGAUGAACUACUUAGAGCAAUAAACGUCUCUAAAUACAUAUACGUCAAAGAAGGCGAGUGGGUAUUUGCAAAAAGAUUAGCAGUGGCCGUAGAAGGCCGUCCUCACUACAUGCAUUACGGAAUGUCAUUACAGAUACUUGUUGACAAGCUUAGGGAGUAUUAUAAGCUUCCUGAGAUCGAACCAACAAGAUAUAUUAUCUUUAACAGAGCAAAUAAGACAAAUAGACAUAUCCUUAAUAUAGAUGAUAUUAUCGCCAGAAUGAAGACUGAUAUCCCUGUUAAAUUCGAAUAUGUCCCAGAUUGGAUCGGUCCUUAUUACGAAUAUGCAAAAUUUUUCUCAUCUGUUAAGUGUAUGUUCACAGCUGCAGGAAGUAACUGCCAUAAGACUGUUUUUAUGAAGAAAGGCACAGUUGCUGCUAUUGUAGGAAGCCAGAUGUUUGAUUACGGAGCGCUUUCAACAUUGAUGUCUGUAGGAAUCAGAGUUGCUGUUGCACAUCAUCAGUUCUGGCAUUUCUACAAUAAAUGCGUGUGCGAUGUUGAUCUGGCAAUUAAAACUAUUCGAGUUGCUGUUUAUUACUCUGUAAAUAACACUUGGCCAGAGCCUAUUCCAAAUGUAACUUUUGUUGAUUAUGAUAGAGUUAGAUAUAAAUAA